AAAAUCCAUUGCUCAAUCCCGAUCGGCCCAGCUCACCGUCCCCUGUUUUCCUAUUUUGCGUGUUCUAACUGUACUCAUCGCGCCAUUGCUCCUCACCACCAUUUUCCGCCUUGCGCUUCCUCUUGCUCAGUGUAUUUAAAGCAAUAUCAAGGCAAGAUGGAUUAAACUUCUUUUGGAAUGAUUUUGAUCGAUAGAGCUUAAGAGCUAUUGAUUUUACAACUUGAGUGAGUAAAUCUAAAUGGAGGAGGAUUCAGAAAGAAGAAGAGAAAGAUUGAAAGCAAUGCGUACGGUAGCUGCUCAGGCUGAAGCUUCUAGUCAUGUUCAAACUUCAUCGGGUUAUAUUGGUUUCCUUGCUAAUCCGCUGCUUGAGAGUCCAGAGCUUACACAGGAACCAUCUCAUGCAACUCCAAGAUUCGAUUUUUAUACCGACCCUAUGGCUGCAUUUUAUUCUAACAAGAAGAGAAGUGGAGUUGGUAACCAAGCACCACAAGGAUAUCUUACACCUCCAAGUGAUAGUGCUUCUUCCAUGUCGCAGUUUUCAUCACCUCAUCCAGCAGGACCAAGAAAUCCUGAUAUGACGCCCUUUCCUUCUAAUCAAAUGCAACACAAUUAUUCACCCUACCAGAUAAUGGAUCAAACACAAGUUGCUUAUAACAGUAUCCCCCCCUGUACAAGUCCAAGAGCUGGUCCUUUCCCCAUGCAUCAAGGAAUGCCUUAUGCACAGGGUGGGUCUAGUGGUGUAGCUUACUAUCACAACAAUGCUCCCCAUAGAGGUAUGACCAGUCAAUACCAUGUCCGCAGUAGAAACCCAAACUUUCAACCAGAAGGAAACCAUAGUUUUAAUUAUGGACAAGGCAGGCCCCUUUCUCCCCGGAUUGGCAACAAUCCGUACUUUGGCUCUGGACGUGGAGGUAGUUCUACUCAUUCAGGAAGAGGUCAGGGCCAGUGGCAUGGAAGCAGUAGAAGCCAAGUUUCUGGAAGGAAUGGUGGCAGAGGGCGAGGUUUUUAUUCUCAUGGUAUUGGAUCAGAUGCAGCAUUGAGGGCAGAGUCCUUUUAUGACAAGUCUAUGGUUGAAGACCCAUGGCAACGUUUGGAACCUGUUCUAUGGAAGGGAUUGGAUGGCUCUUCAGAUUCCUGGCUUCCAAAGUCAGCUAGCAUGAAAAAGCCAAGAGUUUCAGAGUCUUCUAACAAGUCCAGUUCUCAAAACCUUGCAGAAUACCUUGCUGCAGCAUUCAAUGAAUCAGUCAAUGAUGCCCCAAGUACAUAAUUGCUGCUCUGAUGCAACGGAGAACUUUUCUACCCCUCUGCGACUGAAAUUGAUUCCAACACACAAGAUUGUUGCAUUGCCAUAAGGAGAAGGAAGGAGGAAGAAGCUAUCUUGGUAAGCUAAAACAGGCACUGACCAGAGUAUAUGCCAUAAGGCAACCAAAUGUUACAUACACCACUUUAAGAAAAGGAAAUCUGCGAUUGCAUGCGAUGGUUUUCAGAUUUAAAUGCAGCUCGGUACAUGGAUUCUAAUAUACUAAACUCAUCUAGCAUAGCUGGUCGAUUUAAUUCAUAAAUUAUGCUUGAUAUUUCCUAGAUACCUUUCAUCAUUGAUAAAUUUUAUUGUUGCAAUCUCAGUAUGAUCGACAGAGGGAAGAUCGUAUAAUUCACGGUGCAAUUAGAUUCAUAUUUUCUGGUAGA